UAUACUAUACAUAUCAGGUUUCUAAAUACUACUACUGUUAUAAGUCAUAAAAUUGUCGCCAUUUGAUUCAAUUGACAUGAAUUCUUCGUUAAAUGACGAGGAAAAAAUUUUUUUAAGACCAAUAUCCAAUCCAGUGCCGAACCAUGAAAGUGAUGAAAUGGCGGUACAAAGUAAUGGUGAAGCUUCAAGGCAACAGUUAAGAUAUCCCAUUUCAGCAACGAAUAAGAAUCCUCAACAUCCCUCAGAUAGUCCAAUUGUUAGAGCCCAAUUAGCUUUUCAGCAGUCAGCUGGCUCUUCAACUGCUGGAGCUACAAAUAGCCAGCAUAAGAAAUGGAUCAAGACCCAAGAAAGUGGGCAUGCUUCGUGCAAUGGAAAUUGGAGACAGCAGAAUGUUAGCUCGAGAGCAUCUGAUGUGUCUUCCACAAGAUCAGUACAUGAAGCCAAACCUGUCAUGAUGCAGGAUGGUAGUGGAGCCAAAAGGCAACAAAUGACAACUGGAUCAACAACUAAUGCAGGUUGUAGACCAAAAAGUGGAAAUUGGAGAAAUCAUAAUUUUAACUCUAGAGCAUUUGAUGCGUCAUCCACAAAAAGACCUGCACAAGAAGCGGAACCUGUGAUGCAGUAUGCUGGUGGAGCCAAACCAAGACUACAACAUUUUAUUAAACAGGAACAAUAUCCACAGAAAGACAGAAAAAGAGAAAAUGAAAAAGAAAGGAAUUCAAAAUGGCAUCAAGGAAAUAAUAAGCAACCUUUCAAGCACUUUCCUUUAAACUUCACCGAGGUGUUAAAGAUGAUUACAGAUAACGACCCCGGUCUUGUUGUUCAGAAAUUUGCUGAAGAAAGUACUGGACUCGGGCAGUUUUUGAAAAGCAACCCUGCAAAUUGGGAGAUUGUCUCAAUUGAUCCUAGCAGUGAUUGGGAACUUUUGCUUCAACAAAGGGCCCUUUUUAAGAAUUUGGAGAGUGUUAUACUCAACAUACCGAAAUCUCGAUCUUCAAAUUUGGGUUCCAAAGAAGAACGUUUGACUCGACUAAUUAGGAGCAUAAGUUAUUUGACGACGGAGAUGAUGACGGUGAUGCCAGCGCUCACCUGCGACUAUCUGGGAGAGAGAUUUUUUGAGGACGUGUGUGCUCUUCAAACUAUGCCAUCGUUUAGAGAUUUCAAUGUUAACGAUGCUUUCGACUCACUUGAAAAAGAGGGAGCUGAUCGCCUGAAGAAUGCUUGGGAACAACACUCAAAAGCGAUAAAAUCCAAUUGCGAUGGAAAUCAAAGAGAGCUUAUCCGAAUUCAACGGCAGGAACUGAUGAUUCAUUUGAAACCGCCAGAUGAUUUUCGAGAAUGA